GGGGGUCGGGGGCCGCCGGCAGGGUUCGGGGGGGCCCCGGCAGGACCCCCGUCGCUGACGCCCCCCACCCCAGAGGCCCACCUCGCCAUCUGCCCGCACGGGCAGGGCCGCACCGCCGAGGGUCCCCAGGGCUCGCCGGCAGACGUGGACGAGUGCCAGCUCUUCGGGCCCCAGCUCUGCCGGGGGGGGGUUUGCCUCAACGCCGCCCCCGGCUUCAGCUGCUACUGCCCCAGCGGCUACUACUACGAGCAGGAGCACCUGCAGUGCGUGGAUAACGACGAGUGUGGGGCGGAGGAUGCCGAGCCCUGCGUGGGGGGUCGCUGCGUCAACACGGUGGGCUCCUACUACUGCUCGUGCCCCCCGCCCCUGGUCCUGGACGGCUCCCAGCGCCGCUGCGUCGCCAACGACACCCACCGGGAUGCUGCGCAGGCGGUGUGUUGGCAGGAGGUGGGGGUCGACCUGGUGUGCGGCAGACCCCGGCUGGACAGGCAGGUCACCUACACCGAGUGCUGCUGCCUGUACGGGCAGGCCUGGGGCAUGGACUGCGCCCUCUGCCCCGCCCGCCACUCAGGUGACCCCCCCCGCACCCCAGAACCCCCCCCACCCCCAUACUGGUGGGUGCCGGGGUGGCAUCCCCCUCCCUGCAGUGUGGGACCCCCCCCGCCCAGCAGCUCUGUGAUGGGAGACCCUCCUGCAGCCCCAUUGACCCCAUGGGAAUGGGGGGCGUGAGGAUGGGGGGGACCC